AUGAGUAAAGUUCCGCGUGAUACGCUCAUUGAGUGUGUUGGUGAAGUGCUGAAGGCGUCGCAGGAGAAGAAGAGAAAAUUCCGUGAGACCGUCGAACUAGAAGAGAAAAUUCCACUGAAGAAUGUAGCAAGACCAAAAAUGCGUGUUUGCAUUUUGGGUGACCAGCAACAUUGUGAUGAGGCUAAUGCCAAUAGUAUACCGUGUAUGAAUGCCGAAGAUUUGAAGAAGUUGAACAAGAACAAGAAACUCAUCAAAAAGUUGGCUAAGAGUUAUGAUGCGUUCUUGGCCUCUGAAGCAUUGAUCAAGCAGAUCCCUCGUAUUCUGGGUCCUGGCUUGAAUAAGGCUGGUAAAUUCCCUACCGUGGUUGCACAUUCUGAGCCUUUGGCUGGCAAGAUUGAGGAGAUUCGUUCGACAAUCAAGUUUCAGAUGAAGAAGGUAUUGUGUCUGUCAGUGGCCGUCGGCCAUGUGGAAAUGUCGCAAGAAGAGUUGGUUUCAAACAUCGCUCUAUCAAUCAAUUUCUUGGUGUCGCUGUUGAAAAAGAGUUGGCAAAAUGUGCGUUCACUGCAUAUCAAAAGCACGAUGGGACCGCCGCAACGUCUCUAUUAA